AUGAGGGAGAGGCUUGUGCAGGUAUGUCGGUCUUUAUUGCUUUCAAAUUACAAGUCUUCUAUACUAUGGGCAUGGCAAAAUGCUUCAGCAUUGGCUAACAGAAGAUCAUGCUUGUGUUCUGAUUCAAAUGCAAAAAUACCCUUUACCUAUUCAUUCCUUCAACCUAAUGUCUUUGCUGCUGUUACACACCCACCUCCUCCAAACCUAUCUGUAUCUCUUUCUGCAAAAAAUGAACAAUCAGAAAAUAAGGUGGAUAUUUCAGUUCUCGAAGAGGAUUUAGAAAUAGCACUGGAUGAAAAUAGACUAAAUGAUGCCUGGAAGGCUUUCAAAUUAAUGAGAAAUAAUGGGGUAUUUCCUAGCAAGAUUUCAAUCAAUAGAUUAGUGAAGGAACUGGCCUCUGCAAAUGACUUGCCUGGCCUCAAACGAGCUUUUGCCACUGCAAUUCUUGUACUGGAAAAACACCCACACAGCAUGCUGGACAUGGAGUCGAUACCCAAUUUGGUUUCCAUACUUGAAAGGGCUAAAAUGUUGGCGCCCACUUCAUCCCUUAUAAGAGCAAUGCUAAAAAACGGGUUUCGCCCUCAUCUGAACCAGUGGAGUCGUGUGGUGGAGCAGAUGUCUAAGAUUGAGACUGCUGCUCCUUUAGCUUUGGAAAUUUUCUGGGAAAUUUGCCAUCUUGUGAGGAAAGAAGGUGCAUUGGUUGAUCAGAUGAAACCUGAUACAGCUGCCUUUAAUGCUGCUCUCAAUGCUUGCUUGACAUUUGGUUCAGUAGUGAAGGCAGAGGGGCUGCUGAAAACGAUGCCUGUGUUGGGCUUGACAGGAGAUGGAAGGAGUUUUGGCAUCAUUGCUCAGCUUUAUGCCAAAAAAGGUUUAAAAGAAAAGAUUGAGAGAUUGGAUAAGGUGAUGAAUCAGUACAAGGUUAGUCCUGAUCAACAGUUCUACAGCAGUUUAGUUAGCGCAUACUUAGGUUUAGGUGAUUUGGAGUCUGCUUCAGAAAAUGUAUUGCUUAUGUUGAAAAGGGCAUGCAGUUCUGUGGGUCGAGCGAGGUUUGAAUCAGGUGAUGAAUGCUCGGAACUCAAUACGAAUGUGUUUCCCGAUGAACAGAUUUACUGCUUACUUGUAAAGGGUUAUUUGGAGUUAGGAACUGUUAAGGACCUGGCAAGAUUUCUUAUCAAGGCACAAGACAUUGAAGAGCAAUUGGUGGCUCUGGAUCAAACUGCUUGUGCAGGUAUAAUUCAUGCAUGUAUAAAUCUAGGUUGGCUAGAAAAGGCACACAGCAUACUAGAUGAAAUGAUUGCUCACGGAACGAGAAUUGGAAUUGGUGUGUUUUCUUCACUUUUGAAGGCCUAUUGUAAGGACCAACGAACAGCUGAGGCUACUCAAUUAGUUUCAAACAUUAACAUGGCAGGUCUGGAACUUGAUGCUGGAAGUUAUGACACAGUAAUUGAUGUUUGCAUGACAGCACAAGAUUUCAAGGCAGCCUUUGGACUUUUUAGAGAAAUGAGAGAAGCAGGGGUGGGUUCACUAAAGACAAGCUACCUUACUAUCAUGACCGGUCUCACUGAAAACCACAGGCCCGAGUUGAUGGCUGCUUUUUUGGAUGAGGUGGUUGUGGAUCCACGAGUUGGGGUGGGUGUUCAUGAUUGGAAUUCCAUAAUUCAUUCCUUUUGUAAGCUUGGACGUUUGGAGGAUGCAAGAAGAACAUUUAAGAGAAUGGCCUUUCUUCGUUUUGAACCAAAUGCACAGAGCUACUUGUCUUUAGUUAAUGGAUACUGUGCAGCAGAGAAGUACUUUAGUGUCUUGCUCCUAUGGGCAGAAAUGAAGAAGAGAAUGGCACACGCUCAGGAAAGAGGAAUAGAAGCCUUAACAUUAAAUCGGGAUUUAAUUGAUGCUUUUCUGCUGGCUUUGGUCAAAGGAGGGUUUUUUGAUGCAGCAAUGGAGGUAGUGGAAAAAAUGCAAGAACUGAAAAUAUUUGUUGAUAAAUGGAGAUACAAGCAUGUUUAUCUGGAGACUCACAAAAAGCUGAAAUUGGCAAGACUUAAGAAAAAGAGUUUUCAAAAAGUGCAAGCGAUUAUUGCUUUCAAGAACUGGGUAGGUUUAUCCACGUGAUCGAAGCAACCUUAUGAAUACUUACAACCAGAAUAAUCAAGUGAAGGAUUAACUUGGUAACAAGGAGCCAAGAUAUGGGAUCUAUGAAGCAAAGGAGUUUUUUAUUCUUCAAGAUGUAAAACAUCGAAUCUUAAAGAUUUAUUUCUUGAUAAUAAAUUCAUUAGUAACCCCAUUGUCUUAAUUUGUAAAGCUGCAAAAUUUCAGAGGCAAAAGAAAAUCUUCAUCGAUUGGAGGAAAACUAAUUCUUAUGUCUCUCAGAGAUCCAUUUAUUUUUUGUAAUUUUUGAUACAAGGAGGAUGGGAGACUGUCUUUCUUGUGUAUGAGAUUUGAUAUAUCCCUUUUACUUCAUCAUGGAUUGACUUAAUGAAGAAAAGGGGUGCAAAGUGCAUUUAUUGUGCGUUUUGCAUGCUGGUCCAAUACCAGAACAUUUUUUGCUCCAGAAGCUGUAAAUCAAUCAGAUUUGUCAAUUUCCUUCU